AUUAUCGAUUUGUCGUUGGUUGGAAGAACAACGUCACAUCCUUUAUCUGCCAUUACUGAACUUUGUUGUGUGAAGUAAUUAUCAAUUCAAUUAUUAUUGAUAGUCCAGAAUUUUAUUGAAAUUUUUCAAAAACUAAAUAUGUCAUACAGUACACGAAGAAGCGGUGCAUAUUCCCAACAAACGUCUCAGAAAAAUAUAGGAAACAUUGGUCAACGUAGACCAGUAGUAACCAAUAAUUUUGUACAUGGAGGACAGCUGUCAUCACAAGUGAAGCCCACUGGUAUUCCCACAACUCCUACAAGAACACAGCAAAACCAACAAGCUGCUGCCAGCACCCCCUUCAGAAAUCAACCAGCACAACAGCAUCAAACUACACCACAGCAAACAAAUGUUGCAAAACAACAAGUGCAACAGCAAUUACAAGCUCCACAGCAGGCAACUCAACAACAACCAACUCAGCAGCAGCAAGUUCAGCAGCAGCUGCAACUUAAGAAGGAACAGGACGCAGAGCAGCAAUUGCAACAAGAACAAAAGAAGGAGGCACAGGAAAAUGAACAAAAACUUGCCACUGGUGGAACUAAUGGCACCCCUAUGGAAGUUGGAGAACCUAAAAAGAAGCCCUUCUGGCUUAGAACUGGUGGAAAAAUAACACGAAGAGAAAGAGUUCGUAGACGUAAUGUAAGAUUAAGCAAGAUAUUACAACCCAAGAAUGCUGUCAUGAUCUUGAAUGAAUUAGUAAAAAAUACAUCUUAUUUGAUAGAGGAGUUGCCUAUAAGAUCAGAAGGAAAUCAAUUCAAAGCUACAGUUGUAUAUGAAGGGAUUGAACAUGUAGGCUAUGGACGCAACAAGAUCAAUGCAAAAAAUGCAGCAGCUGAGGCAGCAUUGAAACAUUAUGUAAAAACAAAUAAAUUGACAGAACUAAAGAAAGAUGAAGAAGGAAAUGAAAAAAUGGAUGUAUCUGAAGACGAUACAACACAAUCUCCAUUACCAUGGCAGCAUGUAGCUUCAUUUGCGUUAUAUAAACUCUUCUGUUCAUGGGGAGAAGAUCCAAAUCUUGUCAAGCCUGAUUCUGCACAGAAUCAAUCUCCAAACGUUAAUGUGAAUGCUGAUAAACCACAUGAAAACAAACCCGCUAAAAAAAUGCCUGAGAAUCCUGAAACUAUAAAUCCACUGAUGCUUAUCAAUCAAAUGCUUCCACAUGCACAGUUUGAGGAAAUUGGUAAAAGUGGAAAUCCACCUGAUGUCGUAUUCUCGUUUAGAUGCAAUGUUGAUGGUCAAUCAUUUGUCGGAAUGGGUCCUAACAAGAAGUCUGCAAAAAGAAUGGCAGCGUUCGGAGCCUGUCAUAAAAUUUUGUCGAUCUCUUAUCCACCAGAAAUUUAUGUACCCAGUUAUUAAGAUGUUAGUUUGGACAAUUAAUUUCUUUAUUACAUACUAAGUUAUUACACCUAUUGUCUUGAGUCUGCUAACAGGUGAAUGUGAAAGUACUUUAUUUAUGAAUGAAUCUCUUGAAUAUUUGAAUGUGUGUAGUAGAUAAUUAGAUUAAAUAUCGUGUGCAUUAAUAAGUUAGGAAAUAGUUCAACCUUUCACUUGCAAUCUUUGUAUAAUUUACAAAUUAUUUGAUUUUUAAUUAAAUAGACAUUAACAAGUA